AUGGGCAACCGCUUCUCAAGUGUUACCGAAUACCACAGUCUCAUACUGGGGCAUGGCGUCUUGGCCGCCAUUACCUUCCUCUUCAUUAUUCCUAUCGCAGUGUUGCUGGCGAGAUAUUACACGGCACGACCAGGCAGUGCUAUCCGCUUCCAUGCCUACCUACAGAUACUGGCUGUCGCCUUGAGCACCGUUGUGUUCGCGCUAGGAUUCUUCGCCGUUGGACCGCCACGAAACCUUACGAACCCUCACCAUGGCAUUGGCGUCGCCAUUUACGUACUCAUUCUCGUCCAGGCUCUCGGUGGCCGCUUGAUCAAGAAGCUCUCUGGGAGGAGGUCGUUCAGGGUACAUCUCCAUCGCUGGUUCGGACGGUCUAUCGUUCUUCUCGGCAUUGUCCAGGUGCCCCUCGGUCUCACGCUCUACGGCUCCCCGAAGUACACCUUUAUUCUGUUCGCUAUCUGGAUGGCAUUCUUGCUGUUCUUGUUCUUCUUUUUGGACUUUAAGGACUAUGGAAGACGGGAAUGGGUCAUGGGUGGAGGCGGUGGUGGCACCACUGUGUCUGGGGUGACGAGCAGCAGGGUGACGAGCAGCAGGGUGACUUCGGAUCGCAAACCUAGCGGAGGUAUGGGUUGGCUGGGUCCGUUGGCUGCUGGAGCUGGUGCCAUUGCACUUUUGCGAGGCCGCAAGGACAAGAAGGACCGGGACGCGGAAAGAGCUUUGAGUCGCAGCCCGAGCCCGAGCACGCGGACUGGAACCACACGACCUGCUACCACAGUUCUCUCUUCUCGCCGAUCCGACAGCUAUUACGAUGAGAAACCGGUUGACCGACGUCGCGCAAGUGGAGGUGGCUUCAUGAAUAAGAUUCUGGGCGCCGGCGCGGGUGUCGGUGCUGGUAUGCUCAUGUCCAAGAUGUUUGGUAAAGGCAAAGACAAUCGGCGCGACGACUAUUCUGCUGUGUCCACCGAAACCCCAAGCCGGACCCGAAGCGGCCGCAGACCUCCUCCUCCCCGGAGCGAGUUCACCCAGAGCGAAUACACUGAUUAUACAGGCUACACCGGUUACACCGAGUCGACUGUGCCCCCGCGGAGACCUAGCCAACGUGAUGGACGCCGAUCGCCUAUCCUUCCUGCUCCCAACCCAGUUGCGGCUGCGGCUGCCUUGAGUGCUGCCGAUGAACGACGAGGAGGCCCUAUCACGCCCCCGAGACGCUCGCGCACUGGCACAUCGAAAAUGGACAGCACCGUGGUUACUUCGGAUUAUUCUUCGUAUGUCAGCCCCUCGAGAAGAGCUUCGGAAAGACGACCGAGCACUGGCGGGGGCGGCGCAGGCAAGGGUUUCUUGGCUGGCAUUGGUUUGGGAUGGCUAGCGAAUAGGAUGAGCGGCAACAAGAGCAAGCAAGAUGACAGAGAGAAGGAACGGUUAAGGGCCGAGGAUGAAAGACGCCGGGAAGAGGAAGAUGAUAGGCGCUCAGGUCGUCGAGGGUCAAGGUAUACGGGUGACGGCUACUCUAGUCCAGCUACGCCAAGGAGGGAGCAGUCGAGGAGACGUCUACACAGAAACCGCCCACCCCCAUCAGCUGUCACGUAUACCGAGACCGCCACCUCGAUGCUUUCCGAUGAGUCUUCGAUUGAACCUCGGGGCACCACACCAUACGAUCCAGCACCACCUGGCUCUCGACUCCCGCCGCCGUCUAGUGUUGGCACGAGUGUCGCACCGCCUCCAGCUCCCCCUGUGGCAACUGGUCCACCACCUCAAGGGUAUCCAGGACCGCCGCCUGCUUAUCCGGUAGCGACGGCCGGUGGACCCCCAGCACCUGGUCCGCCUUUCCCAACAAGUGAUUCUUCCGGGCCUUCCCAUCCAAAUUCGAGAAACAACCUCGGCGACCCCAUCGCCAUGCUACCGAUGCCCUCUGACCCUCAGGGAUUCCUCCGCCAGGAAUCAGACAGCGACGCUUUUAGCUCUCCCAACAGAGGUGGCCGUCGCCGCAGUCGAAUCCGAGACCCCCAAGCAGCAGCAGCUGCCGCCGCGGCCACAGCUAGUGCCUUGGCUGCGCAGGAGGACGAGGAUCGCCGACGACGGGGGGACCCAGUUGCCAGCGUCAGGAUAGGCGUCCGCGACGACCCCGACAGAAACAUCACCCUCCGCAUGUUGACCGAGGAAGAAGCUCGGCGGGAGCAGCAGCGACGCCGGCGCCAGGACUCGGUCAGCAGUUCUUCUGGGACGGAGACACCGACUAACAGGCGGUAUCGACGUGAACCCAGCAGCACAAGAAGGGCUGAAUCGGCGGCCGAGCAGAGGGUAGAGAGCAGAGAGAGGGAUGACUCUGUGCCACCGUUGUCGACGCCAUAUGGUGCGGGAAGGAGACCGGGAGGGCCUCCGGGAGGAAAGGAUUCGGCUUAUUAUUCUGGACCUCCUCCGCCGGCGGGUGUGGCACCGCUUCAGGGACAGCCUGGGCCGUCGGGGGGGCCACCGACGAAUACAGCUACUGUGACGAUGAGUUCCCUUGCUAGUCCGGGGGGUAGUCAGGCGACGUUUACUAGUGGGGAUAUCGCCGCUAUCGACCGGAGGAGGAGGAGGAGAAUGGAAAGGCGGGCGCAGGGGGAUACGAGUACGAGGGGGGGGACGUCGGUGGAUGAUUAUUGA